AACCAAGCCCCGGCUUUGGGCCGUCGUACGAGCCACCACAGCUCGUCUCAGAAACAAGAAUCGAGCUACGCGCUCCCGGAUUUGCUGCGAUCCGAGCUGUGCCGAAAGAGAGCUGUCGCUGAGGCGGCACAGCCACUCUAACACGAUGAGCGCCGAGUGCGCGCGCCUAGCCGUGGACCUCGAGCGCCUCCUCCCAAAAGUAGAUGCUGAGGAUCUGGACGAGGACCGGCGCAUCGCCUUCGCCGAGGCGGCCCUCUCUAAAAUCGCCGCGCUCGAAGCCGCCGCAGACGGCGAUGCUACGGUGCUGGCCCAAGUCGCAACUUAUGAAGAGGCCAUGCUGGCUGUCAUCGACGGGUUGCGGCCGCCCGAGGAGGAGGAACCAGCAGAGGCACCGGCGCCAGCGCCACGCGUCGUGCCCGCCACUCAACAAAACGAGAGCGACUCCGAGAGCGAAGUCGACGAACCGCCCCAGAACGAGGCCGAUUCUUUACAGAGGGAGCUCGAGACGAUGACCGCGCGCCUGAAAGCGUCGUCGCUCGCCGUCCACGAGAAGUUAAGGGAGCAGUCGAAGAAGAUGGAGCAACUCGACGACGCGACGUCCCAAAAUCAAAACGCCGUGUCCAAGGAGCGGACCGCGUUGGAUGUGCGCGCCGCGGCGAGGACGCGGACGCUGCUCCAGGCCCUCGCGGCGCUCGUGGCGGUUGUUGUGUCGUUCCUGGGGACCUACGUUUUUAUUGCGGUGUUUCCGAAGCAUCGGUAGUCGUAAAAGUAUGUGAUGUUGAACUUAUGUAUGGUUCUCGAGGGGGGAGAGGUUCAAAAAUGGGGGUUUGCUGCUCCGGCAUCGUUUCUCGUGCAG